AUGCGUACCUUCCAGACGUACAAUGCUCCUCCUCCGUUCGGAUAUCAGCCGGCGAACUUCUACGCUCCCACCCCUCAACCACCUCAAGUCAGCUACUACCCUGGCUUCAAUAGCCCCAUGGCCUUCGGUGCAGCCCCACAAGCUGCGGUCAUGGCCCCGCCCACGUCUGCCUGGCCUGCUCCACAGAGCAGAGGCCAGCAGAACGCUCGUGGCAAGGGGAAAGGGAAAGGCGGCAAGAGGGGCACUGAGGGGGGGAAAGGCGAGACUUCCACAGCACCCGUGCAAUCUGCCGGGGUAAAGAAGUCGAAGAAGCAGAGAAAGAGGGAGGCCUUUGAUGAAUACAAGGCAAAGAAACGAGCGGAGCAGAAGGAGCGAGUUGGUGCCAUGAUCGCUCGCUUUCAAGAGCGUGGUGUUCCUCUUCCUCCAGGUAUCACGCUCGCGCCUGGCACUGACGGCGGUGGGAAUACCCCAGCAGCCGUCGGUCAAGAGACCAGUGCAAAUACCCAGGCGCAAGAUCGCACUGGGCAGCUGACAAUUGAGGGGCCGCCUCCGGCAGCGGAUGGUGCGACUACUGAGAGUGGUGUUUCCUCAGUCAGGGAGAUCACUGAGGAUGAAGAACUUGCCUACCUGGCCUCCAUUGGGCCAGAAUAG